UAUUUUUAUUCACAGUUGCAAACGUAUUUUCAACUGAAGUAGUACACUUUAUUCCUCCAAAAUAUUAAAAAAAGUACUAUGAUAGGCAAAAAGGACAUUUGCUAUGGAGCUCUGAUUGGUAUACUUCAAAUAUUCAGCGUUGUAAAGGCAGAUAUUGAAGGAUGGGAAAUGGCAUCUGGAGAAUUGUAUCAAAAUGUUGAGGGCGCUUAUUCGGUGCGUUUUGGUAAGACGGAGUAUACAGUUUGGCAUCGAAAGCCGCUGACUUGGCAAAACGCCUAUGACUUCUGUGAACGCUACAACAGUAGUCUGGUAGUGUUAAACGAACGCGAGAAAAUUGUGAAAUUGCAAUUGUUUUUAGUGAAAAAUAAUUUCGUUCAAGCUCAAAUCAACGAUGACGAUCCCGGCUUCAUUUACUGGAUUGGUGGCAACGAUUUGAAAGAACGCAAUAAAUGGAUGUGGAUACCGAUUAAUAAGCCAUUUACAUACACCCACUGGCUGGUUGGCGAACCGACGCGCUCUUCGGAUCAACGUUGUGUAGAGAUGGGUGAUAAGGCGCUCGGACGUUGGAGCAAUAGUCCUUGUUCACUAAAGCGUUACUUCAUCUGCGAACGUAGCUUCAAAUCUGUGCGUCAACGUAUUGAAUUGUAAUCAUGGAAAUUUUUUAUAUAUUUUUGGAGAAGCAUAAUCGAGUUUGUAUGAGUGUGGGAAAAGUUAUAAAACCCAAGUAAUCAGAGCCAUAUCAAUAUCUUUUAAAGAAACUAAACUCUCUACGUUGAUGCAUUCGGAACAUUGUAUCUUAUACAAGCGAUAUACUAUAUAGCAUAUAUGAAUAUACCUUCAAUAUUAUUUAAAAAAGAGAGAAAAUCUUAUCAGUUAAACAUUAAAGCCAAUUUAGUAAUCACCAGGAGCAAUAAAUAUGAUAUCACUAUUAAGCAUGCA